AUGGAAUUGGGCAUUUUGUAUAUUGUAGCGAAGACAACGUAGAUUCUCGCUUCAACUUUUAAGCCAUGUUGAAACAACCAGUAACCCAAGUCCGACUCACUAACGUUGUUGUUGUUCGCUUAAAGAAACACGGAAAACGCUUCGAAAUUGCUUGUUACAGAAAUAAAGUUCUUUCUUGGAGGAACGGAACAGAAAAAGACCUUGACGAAGUGCUUCAAGUAGAAAACGUAUUUUCUAAUGUGUCCAAAGGUGUUGUAGCCAACAAAAAGGUAAAAGAACUUAUCGUCGCAGUAAAUAAUUCUGACGGGUUGAGGGCACAGGAUUUACUGGAGGCUUUUCAGACGACGGAUAUUCGAAAGAUAUGUGUUGAGAUAUUGAAUAAAGGGGAGCUUCAGGUUUCAGACAAGGAACGCAAUACAGUUUAUGAAAGUUUGGUUCAUGAAAUUGCUACAAUAGUGGCAAACAAAUGUAUAGAUGUAGAAACCAAUCGUCCCUUAACGGUAUCAAGAGCUGAGAAGGAAAUGAAGAACAUACACUUUUCUGUCGUUCCCAAAAAGAGUGCAAAGCAACAGGCAUUGGAGGUGAUUCGCAAACUUGAAGAAAAAGGACAUAUACGAAGAGCGUCCAUGCGAAUCAAAAUACAAGCGCCUUUAAAAUAUGCAGAAGAGUUAAAGCAGCGUAUGAAAAACUGUAUUAUACACGUAGAGUCCGAGGAAAGGGAGGGAAACUUUAGAACGGUGGUUCUCAUUGAUCCAGGUAGUUAUAGAGAAAUUGACAAUAUACUGAAAGAGGAAACAAACCGUGAUGGAUUUUUCGAAGUCUUGAGUUUGGCAGCUAUAGAGGAAGGAGAGAAAAGACUCGACUAGGUUCUUCUUGGAAUAGGCUCAUAAACGUAAAACAUUUUCAAGGUUUGUGUAUAAAGUGAUAGAGACAAGUUAUUACG